AUGUCAUUCGGUCAUCAAGACAAACCGCCCAACCCCUUCAGUGGCGAGGGCGUCCAGCAACACGGUUUCAACGGCAAACAUCGAGAUUGGUCAAUCAAUCAGUAUGAGAGACCAGAGGAAGAGAAACAUGGCAACACGAAAGAUCUGAAGUCGCAAUCUUCUGAACGCACAGGCUCCGCGAGUAAUGAUCAAGACUGCAAAUCCCAACCUCGCAACGACCAGAACAAGACAGCCAAAACCCGCAAAUGCAACUAUUGUCAAGAACCUCGUCCCUCAAAGGAGAAAAAUAAAUCGCCAAAGACUGAAGACGACAGUGAAGCUGACCUAGACGGCACAGAGGGCCUUUCUAUUCGACUAGGGCUUUGCUGUAUGUUCUUUGAGGUUGAUCAUUCCUGA